AUGUCGAGCCAAAACGACGCAGCGGCGCAGGCCCUGCCUGACCGUACACAGAACCCCGCCGAAGAUAAGGCUCCUGAGGGCGGCGAAGUUUCCAAAAACGCAGCCAAAAAAGCAGCCAAGGCCGCCAAACUGGCAGCAGGAAAGGCCGAUAAGGCGUUGAAUAAGGGAAUUGGAAAAUCAGAGGCAAAACAACCUUCAUCCAAGGCUGCGAAGAAGAAAAUUGACGGAGCUGCCCAAAUUGGUAUCGAUGUUUCCAAGGAAGAGGAUUUCCCUGGCUGGUACCAGCAGGUUUUGACCAAGGGAGAGAUGCUGGACUACUAUGAUGUGUCUGGAUGCUUUAUUCUCAAGCCUGCGUCCUUCUACAUUUGGGAGAGUAUCCAAAAUUGGUUCAAUGACAAAAUCAAAAAGAUGGGUGUCCGCAACUGUUCCUUCCCCCUAUUUGUUUCGGAAGAUGUUUUGCAGAGGGAAAAAGAUCAUAUUGAAGGGUUUGCUGCGGAGGUUGCUUGGGUUACACACGCAGGCUCUACUCCUCUCGAGAAAAAGAUUGCCAUCCGUCCUACAUCCGAAACAGUCAUGUACCCCUACUACGCAAAAUGGAUCCGAAGCCACCGUGACCUUCCUCUGCGACUGAACCAAUGGAACUCCGUUGUGCGCUGGGAGUUCAAGCAUCCCCAGCCUUUUCUCAGAACUCGAGAAUUCCUCUGGCAAGAGGGACAUACCGCCCAUCUCACCGAAGAGGGUGCAGGAACGGAGGUCUUACAGAUCCUUGAUCACUAUGCCCAUAUCUACGAAGAUCUUCUCGCUGUCCCCGUCGUGAAAGGCCGAAAGACUGAGAAAGAAAAAUUCGCUGGUGGUUACUACACUACCACAGUCGAAGGCUACAUUCCUGCUACUGGCCGUGGUAUUCAGGGUGGUACAUCUCACUGCCUGGGCCAGAACUUUAGUAAAAUGUUCAACAUCACCGUGGAAGACCCAAAUGCCAAGCCCGAGGAGAAGUUGCCUCCGGUAUACGUGUGGCAGAACUCAUGGGGCCUGUCUACACGUACAAUUGGUGUGAUGGUCAUGAUUCACAGUGACAACAAGGGCUUGGUUCUUCCUCCCCGUGUUGCCGAAACCCAGGUCGUCAUUAUCCCCGUGGGCGUUGUCAAGAGCCUGCCCCAAGAGGAUCGUGAAGCUGUGUUCAAGGAAAUCGACGAACUCAAGGAUAAACUUGAGUCCGUGGGACUUCGAGUAGAGGCCGACCUCCGAGAUAACUACUCUCCCGGCUGGAAGUUCAGCGACGGAGAACUUCGCGGCAUUCCUCUCCGUCUUGAGUUUGGUCCUGGUGAAUCCAAGGGCGGCUUUGUCACGGCCGCACGUCGUGAUGUGCCAGGCAAAGAGGGGAAGAGCGAGAUUCAGCUCAAGAAUCUUACCACUGCCGUUCCCGCACUUUUGGACACUAUCCAUGACAACUUGUUCCGCCGUGCUGACGAGCAAUUCCGCGCUCACCGACGAACCCUCACCAACUGGGACGACUUUGUUCCUCUGCUCAACGCCAAGAACGUGCUUCUGAUCCCUCACUGUCUGACCGAAGCAUGCGAGGACCAAAUCAAGGACCUCAGCGCCCGCAAGGCAGAGGAAGACAGCGACGUCCCCGAGGAUGCCCGCGCCCCCAGCAUGGGAGCCAAGUCGCUCUGCAUUCCGUUGGAGCAGCCUGACGGUAUCGAGGCCGGCGUGACCAAGUGUCUCAACCCACACUGCGAGAAGUUGGCUGAGAAAUGGUGCAUGUUUGGACGCUCCUACUAA